AUGAGUGUAAUAGACAAGUGUCUUAUGCGCAACGUCAAUUAUCGGGGCCGUCUCUACGACAAGUUCCCCAAGAUUUACAAUAUUUACGUGGUGGGUGUGGUAGCAUGCAUUUCCGGACUGAUGUUUGGAUUUGACAUUUCAUCGAUGUCUUCGAUGAUCGGUACAGACCACUACAAAAACUACUUCCACAACCCUCAAUCUACCCGGCAAGGCGGUAUUACUGCUGCUAUGGCGGCAGGAUCGUUUUUCGGGUCGCUGAUUUCGUCGAGCGUGACAGACGUCUACGGAAGACGUGUGUCGUUGCAUCUUUGUUCGGCUUUCUGGAUUCUGGGCGCUAUUUUGCAGUCCUCGUCCCAAGACGUGGCCAUGCUGGUAGCAGGCCGUGUGAUCAGCGGUAUCGGUAUCGGAUUCGGGUCGUCUGCGGCUCCUGUGUAUUGUUCCGAAGUGUCGCCUCCUCGUAUCAGAGGUACUGUUUGUGGGCUUUUCCAGCUCAGUGUGACCGUAGGUAUCAUGGUUCUGUUCUACAUUGGGUACGGUUGCCAUUUUAUCAACGGAACGGGCGCGUUUAGGGUCACGUGGGGUAUCCAGAUCGUCCCCGGCCUUAUUUUGCUUGUAGCAGCGUUUUUCUUGCCCGAAUCGCCCCGUUGGCUGGCCAACCACGAUCGCUGGGAAGAAGCCAGCGAAGUUGUGGCUAGAAUCGGAGCUCACGGCGAUCGUGAUGACCCUCAAGUUCAGCUACAAUUGGAAGAAAUCAAGGAACAAGUUUUGAUCGACCAGGCCGCCAUGAAUUUCGGCUACCGUCAUUUGUUCCGCAAGAAGACCGUUAGAAAGACUAUAGUUGGUGUAUCAGCGCAAAUGUGGCAACAGCUAUGUGGUAUGAACGUGAUGAUGUACUACAUCGUGUACGUUUUCAAGAUGGCUGGCUACUCUGGCAACCAGGUUCUGGUAUCUGGCUCGAUUCAAUACGUCUUGAACGUGGUUAUGACUAUUCCCGCUUUAUUCCUCGUUGACAAAGUGGGGAGAAGACCCGUUCUGAUCACUGGCGGUAUUUUCAUGUUCAUAUGGUUGUUCGUAGUGUCUGGACUACUGGCCACUUACUCGCAACCCGAACCCAAUGGAUUCGAUGGCGAUAAGACAGUUACGAUCAGUAUUCCCAAUAGUGCAAAGCCUGCCGCGCGAGGUGUGAUUGCCGCUUGCUACUUGUUUGUGUGUUCGUUCGCACCUACCUGGGGUAUUGGUAUCUGGAUUUACUGCUCAGAAAUUUUCAACAACAUGGAAAGAGCUAAGGGCUCAGCUCUGUGUACCUCUGUUAAUUGGGCAUUCAACUUUGCCUUGGCAAUGUUCGUGCCAUCGGCUUUCAAAAACAUCAGCUGGAAGACCUAUAUUAUCUUUGGGGUAUUCUCAGUGUGUCUCACCAUUCAAACUUUCUUCAUGUUCCCUGAGACCAAGGGUAAAACUUUGGAAGAAAUCGAUCAAAUGUGGGCCGAUAACAUCCCUGCUUGGAAGACCGGCUCUUACGUGCCAGAGCUACCUAUAAUCGAAGAUGAAGAAGGCAACAAGCUCGGAUUGUUGGCGAGAGCGCAACACAUCGAGAAUACGGACAAUGAAAAGCCUUUGCUCGAACAUAACGAUGUUAUGGAAAACAGCACCAGUCACUCACAGUAG